AUGAAGGUGACCGUGAAAGAAACCACCAUGGUCCGGCCAGCAGAAUCCAGGCCGCGGCACAGCCUGUGGCUGUCAAACCUGGACCUUCUCCAGCUGAGAAGCCACGUCACGAGAGCGAUCUGUGCGUACAACAAGCCUCCUGCUUCUUCCUCCUCGGAGUCCUUCUUCGACGUCGGAGUGCUGAAGGAGGCUCUGAGGAAGGCCCUGGUGCCGUUCUAUCCAGUGGCGGGGAGGUUCCGGAGAGACGGUGGUGAUGGGAGGCUCGAGGUGGAUUGCAACGGCGAAGGAGUUCUGUUUCAGGAGGCGGAAACGGAGGCUAGCCUUGCUGAGCUCGGGGAUUUCUUGUUGAUGGCGGAUAUUGGUCGACGUCGAGAGUUCUCGCCUGGAGAAGAGGCUGAGGAGCUCUCGGUGGAGCUUGUUCCUAGGGUGGAUUAUUCGGGAGGGGUUUCUUCUUACCCGCUGGUGAUUCUCCAGGUAACAAGGUUCAAGUGCGGCGGAGUAUGUCUUGGAAUCGGAAUCCACCAUGCUCUAGCCGACGGAGAAUCAUCACUGAGCUUCAUCAACACUUGGGCAGACAUGGCUCGAGGUUUACCCGUUACAGCGACUCCGUUUUGGGACCGCACCAUUCUGAGAGCUCGACGACCAGCGACCCCAAAGUUCCAACACAUCGAGUACGAUCCUCACCCUACCAUGAUGAUUGCUAAAAACAACCCUCCGAAACCAGCCACCGUCGCCAUACUAAAGAUCACACCAGAGCAGCUCAACACCUUGAAGAACAUGGCCAGGGCCAGAUACAGCACCUACGAGAUCCUCGCGGCGCAUAUAUGGCGUUGCGCAAGCAAAGCACGCGGCUUGAUCAACAUACAGCCGACCAAGAUGCAGAUGUCUGUUGAUGGCAGGUUGAGGCUCAGCCCUCCACCUCCUCCAGGUUACUUCGGCAACGUGAUCUUCCACACCACGCCGGUCGCUCUCGCCGGAGAGCUCGCUUCCGAGCCAAUGGAACAAACACUGGAGAGGAUCCAGCAGGCGCUGAGCAGGAUGGACGGCGAGUACCUCCGAUCCGCCAUAGACUACCUCGAAGACCCCACCAGCCCGGAAGGCAUCAGACAAGUUCCGGGGCACUGCCGGUCGCCGAACCUGUGGGUGGUGAGCUGGAUGCGGCUUCCGUCCAAGACUGCAGAUUUCGGAUGGGGAAGUUCGACUCUGUUUCACGUAGCAGAUAUCACCGAAGGAUUGGGGAUUCUGCUGCCCAGAAAUCCUGCUGACGGGAGCCUGUCUCUGGCGAUUUGCUUGGAAAGUGACGCGAUAGAGGGUUUCAAGAAGAUGUUCUAUGAGUUUGAUCCAUGA